UUCCCCACAUCGCAGUCUUGCAAACACACGCAGCAAAAUCCACACCGCUUCCCCUCCCCGAGAAGAAGAGAGCAGCAUCCAUGGCGCCCAAGGCGGAGAAGAAGCCGGCCGCGAAGAAGCCCGCGGAGGAGGAGCCCGCGGCGGAGAAGGCCGAGAAGGCCCCGGCGGGGAAGAAGCCCAAGGCGGAGAAGCGUCUCCCCGCCGGCAAGGGCGAGAAGGGCAGCGGCGAGGGGAAGAAGGCGGGGCGGAAGAAGGGGAAGAAGAGCGUCGAGACCUACAAGAUCUACAUCUUCAAGGUGCUCAAGCAGGUCCACCCCGACAUCGGCAUCUCCUCCAAGGCCAUGUCCAUCAUGAACUCCUUCAUCAACGACAUCUUCGAGAAGCUCGCCGCCGAGGCCGCCAAGCUCGCCCGCUACAACAAGAAGCCCACCAUCACCUCCCGGGAGAUCCAGACCGCCGUCCGCCUCGUCCUCCCCGGCGAGCUUGCCAAGCACGCCGUCUCCGAGGGCACCAAGGCCGUCACCAAGUUCACUUCCUCUUAGGCUGCACCUGGUGCUAUUGUGCUAGUAGUAAUAUUAGUUUGAUCUAUUUAUCUACUAGCUGUAGUGCAUCAAUGAUGGGAAAUGGAUGUUGGGGAUUUAGUGACUGUAAGAAGAAUUAGGUGGGGCUGCUUUUGAGGAACUUCUGUUUCAUGGAUUCGAAAUACACUAGUAAUGCUUUUGUAUCAUGUGAAUAUGUGAUCUCUCCUAUGUUGUCUUUGGUUGCCUUGUGCUGAACUUGUGUUUGUUUUAAUUAAUUUAUGUCUAAUUUUGGGGAACUAA